AUGGUGCUCAACAAGUUAAGAGGCAAGACCCAGGACCACGGGAGCGACCACAAAAGUGGGCCCGUGGUGUACACCCCCUUCGACCACCCCAGCGGUGCCCUGAAGGUGCCGGCGGAGGCGAAGCUCAGCGACACCCAGCUCGACAAGUACCAGCAAGUGUACGCCCACUUCGCCCUGGCCGACAUCAAGGUGGCGCUGCUGGAGGAGACCCACAAGCACAAGGACCCCAGCCACAUGCUGCCGCUCACCGACGCCGAGAAGGCGUGGUUGACCCGCGAGUGCUUUUUGCGCUACUUGCGGGCGACGAAGUGGGUCGUCGCCGACGCCAUCGACCGCAUCGAGCUCACCCUCGCCUGGCGCCGCGAGUUUGGCGUCGCCGGCAAGUUUGAGGCCGACAACGUCGUCAACGGCAAGUUGUGUCUGGAGGAGAACGAGACGGGCAAAGAGGUGAUCCUCGGGUUUGAAAACGACCUGAGACCGUGCCUCUACCUUAAGCCAGGGCGGCAAAACACCAAGACGUCCCAGCGCCAGGUCCAGCACUUGGUGUACAUGUUGGAGCGCGUCAUCGACUUUAUGCCGCUGGGCCAGGACCAGUUGGCGUUGCUCAUCGACUUUAAGGCGCACCCCGUCGGCACCCAGGGGGGCAAGAUCCCCCCCGUGAGCAUUGGCCGCCAGGUGCUCCACAUCUUACAGACGCACUACCCCGAGCGGUUGGGGAAGGCGCUUUUGACCAACAUCCCCUGGCUCGGGCGCACGUUCAUGAACAUCAUCUACCCGUUCAUCGACCCGAUGACGCGGGAAAAGCUCGUGUUUGACCAGCCGUUCCCCAACUACGUCCCCGUCGAGCAGCUUGACCAGGACUUUGGCGGCGACGUCAACUUCGAAUACGACCACGCCAAGUACUGGCCGGUGAUGGUGGAGAUGGCGGAAAAGAAGCGCCAGCGGUACUACGAGCGCUUCGACAAGUUCGGCAAGAAGGUGGGCCUCUCCGAGAUCGACUUGCGCGGCGACGGCGACGACUUGGUCCACCCGGUGUAA